AGGACCAAGGGCCAUGACAGCUGUGUAAUGGAUGGGUAACAGGGAGGAGGGAAAGGAUCAUUCCUCUCAGCUGCUCCAUCAUCCUCCUGUGUCUGCACAGCCCCUGCCAGCACCAGAGAACAAAAGCCCUCUCAUCCACAUCAGCAUGGAUCUGGAAGGGGACUACAGCUUCACAGUGCCACUCCUAUUCACAGUGCUUGCUGUGAUUUUGGCCACCCUGCUCAUGAAACUCCGCUCUGGAGAAGACAAGCCACCAGGUCAGGUAACCCAGGAGGAAGAGGAGAAAGAGGAAGAGGAGGAGAACGUGGCUGAGCACUUAGAAGACACACAAGACCAUACAAUACCACAGGAGAAGAUAGCUGUCCAAGAAGGUACUGAAAGUAUACAACAGACAGCAAAGAUCUCAGUAGAUGAAGUUGGGGCAAGUGAGGACCUUCUUCAGGAGAGGACAACAGAAAAUGAGACAGAAGCAGAGGGGUCGUCAGCCAAAGAGAGGAGGGCAUCCACCCAUUCUAGCAUAGAGGGCGAUGACAGCAAGGAGGAAGAUUUUGAACUAGAAAGUGACAAAAUACUGAAGAUAAGUGAAGCUGAAGAUGCAGAUGAUGAGGACUUUUCUUUCAAAUAUUGCCCAGGGAAGCUGCGUGGAAGUGAGUAUGAGAAAAUGCUGACAAAGGAAGAGCUGGAUGAAGAACAAAGGGCACAGAGGGAACAGCUGGGUGCUAUCUUCGAAAUAAUGGAGAAAAAUCAAGAGACCUUUGGGACAAUGUCGGAAAGAGACGUCAAGGAGCAACUGAAAUUGUACAAUAUGUAGCAUUCUCCAGUCACAACGGGAAAAAAAACAAAUGACGGAAGGAAUAUUACUAAAAUUGAUAUAUAUAUAUAAAUAUAAAUACAUACACACCAAUCUUUGUAUCUCAGAACUCCAUGUCUUUACACCACUCAUUCCAUUUAAUUUAAUUAUCAUUUUAUAUUCCCCAGUACAGCAAAAUUGUAUCAGUGAGGAAUUUUAUAUGGCAUUAUAGGGAUCAGAGGUAUUUAAAUGUUUUCAACUUGAAGAUUGGAAAACGUUAAUUUAAAUUCACCUAUUGUGGUGUCCUUAGCCUUAAAAUGCUACCAAACACAUAAUUCCAGUAUUUGACUCUAAUCAGCAAUACUACUCUGCAGUUGUGAUUUUAUAUCAUUGUUAAAACAUUUUUUUUUAAAUUGUAUAAUCUGUUACAGACUAGGGAUUUUUCAUUCAUUUUGAAUAGGGUUUUGCUUGAACAGCUUAAUAUGCAUGUCUGGUAGAGGUCGGUAAGAUGGUGUUAUUCAAUGCUUGUUUCUCAGCCUUCCAAAAUAAUCCAAUCUUGAGCUCAGGUUGAUCUAUCUGUACAAUGAGGGCCUGUGUAGCUCAGGAUUCUCUUAAAGUUUGAAAGUCAUGUUUACUUAUCCCUACACUUAAAUAAUAUGUAUUUGUGAUCUUUUAAAAAUAUAAUUAAAUGUAGACAUUCUUAACCCUUUUGCAUGUAACUGGGAGCCUCCAUCUUACCUCCCUGUUAAUCAUUGUUAUCCCCUCUGUCUUUUGCAUCUGGCAAUCAGCAUUCAGAGAAGAUUAGAAAUAACACGUUUAGAUUUUUCCUCCUCGUCUGCAAUGUUUGACUUGUACUUGCUUCAACUAAAUCUUUAAUAUAAGGUUAAAGGAGCUUUACAGUGUUACAAACAUGUAUUCUUAAUGCUACAGUGUCCUGGCACCUCUUUAGAUCAUCCUAACAUUUCCCGUGUGAGGGUUUGAAAGGUGAGUAUUACUUACCUUUCAGACCUCUUCACAACCUCACUCCGCCUCAGACCUUCACAUCAGUGUAGAAGAUCUUAGCCAAUUCAAUGUUUCCCCAUAGGAAAACAUUGUCAGGCUAGUGCGCAUCCACUCUGCGCCAAUCACAUUUUCUCUAAUUUAUCUGGUUGGAAAACUGCUAGAGGCAUGCUUACCCUGCAAUGGAAACAUUGCCAACAGAAUGGCUGUGUUUACAGUUGCAGGGUUUAGCAGACAGGGACUUGGUACCUAGAACACUUCAUUGAGAUUAAGUUGUCUGGGUGCCUUUAGUGUCUCUUUAACACUAGUUACAGGUAGUUCUAUUCAAUUGUGUAAUGUCCAAGGAAGUGGCAUAUCCCCUUUGAGAGUUCUAAAAUACAGAAUAAUUUAGGUGAAUGAAUAUAUGAUGCCUCAAGUAUCGUUUUGUCUGUAAACCGCGAAUAUGCACCUGUUAAAAGCUAUAAAGAACUAUUAUACUCUUCAAUACACGUCAGGGGAUGCUUAAAGGUUUUUAAGGCCCAACCUAUGGAAAGCCCUGAACUAAAUCUGCAGUAUUUUUCCAGUAUGGGAUUAAUGUGCAAUAGCUCUGUAGUCAUUUUAGACACGAAGAAUGAUUUAUAUUAUGCUAGUUUUAAAUGAUUAGUGCAGGCUUAUUUGGUAAAGUUUGAAGAAAUUCCAUGCGCUGGGUGUGCAUAAUAUUUGGGGCUUUGCAGAGAGCAGAACUAUUUCUAUUUUAACAUUUCAUAUAAUUUCUAAUAAAACAUUUUUG